AUGGAGCAUUUCGCCCCGCACCCGUCCUCGCAGUUCGAAGGCUACUACUCCAAGUUCGACCUUGAAUCCGGCUCUCACAUCGCUUUAAUCAUCUGCUCAGUACCCAAUGCGCCCUCACGCCCACACAUGGUCUCCUUCACUUACUACCCAUCAACCGGACACCCCAUUUUUCAGCGUGAGCACUUCAUCCCAGAAAUCAAGCGCGUAAUCGCCGACCCCAAAGGCAAAUCAUUCGAGCUCCAAGUCCCAGGCAUGGGCACCAUGACCACCACCAGCAACGGCCUCACAAGCUACAACUUCUCCGCCGAAGACGGCAGCUGGACCCUCAAAGCCCAAUGCACAGAUCACACCGCCUGGCGAUCAGACAAAAGCACGCCAGAAGGCUGGAUGGUCCACCUCCCAUUUCCACUGCACUGGCACGUCCAUUCCCUCUGCUCCCCCACCACCCUCUCCCUCUCCAUCCCCGCACUCGGCACAGAUUUUCCCGCCGCAGACACACACACCAGCGCGACCAUCCACCAAGAAAAAAAUUGGGCCGAUAGCUUCCCAGACGCACACAUGUGGGUGCAGGCCUGGGACAACGACGCGAAACGCGGUGUCUGUCUUGCGGGCGGCGAGAUCCUAUACAACACUGCCUUCCUACUCGGCUACCGCUCCCCAGACUUGAAUCUAGAUUUCGUGCCCCCAUUUUCAGUCGCGUAUUUGAAUCUCUUCUCGCCGUUCAUGAGCGUGGCGAAUGAUUGGGAGGACCGGUCUUUUUCUAUUUCAGUCAGUAAUUACACGCACAAGUUGGAGUUGAAGGCGCAUGCGCCCAAGGAGCCGGGUUGGUUUGGUCUCGCGAGUCCGUUUCCGGAUGGGCACCGCGCGAAUUUUUGUAGGGAGAGCUUUUUGGCGAUGAUUGAGGUAAGGAUUUCGGAGCGGCUGGGGUGGUGGCCGUGGAGUGGCUGGAAAGAGGUCAAGAGGGAGAGGUGGGAAGGGGCAAGUUUAGAGUUUGCUGGGGGGUAUUAUCCGGAGAGGGGGGAGAGUAAGAAGGAGUGA